AUGGGUGGUGUCGUAACACUUGCUGCUCUCCGAGUUGGCCUAAACUCCUCUGCAUACAUCAAGCGCGCCAACUGCGUGCCUCCAGCUCCCGGCAAAGGGCAGGAUGUCCUAACAUACAUCUCAAAAGUGUGGCCGAAAGACCAAGUCGACGCCUGGAUCGGAUUCUGCAGUGAGUUGGCGCUGUACAAAGGCGCGCGCUACUUGCGGCCAUUACAAGGGGAUAUCGUCCCUCGGGUUCUAGGCGUCUACACUACGGACAGCGGGUUUGCCCUGAACAUGGAAGCACCGCAUCCUGUGUUCUGGCUUGAAGCUAGUGCUGCAAUGCCCGACGUCUUGAAGGCCAAGGUGGUCUCUGCGUACUCUGAUCUCCAUUCCUGUGGCGUUCUACAUGGCGAUAUCGCACUCCGUCACAUCUUGGUCGGUGGUGACGCGCGCGUUACUAUUAUCGACUUUCAAGAAUCACGGGCCCUGGUCGACGAUGAUGCGGUUGGUCUUGGACGCGCAACUCAAGCCGAACUUGCUGUCGAGAUGCGCCGGGUGCGAUAUAUACUCGACUUCGAGGGCGCUCGCGCAUAUGAAACCUCGAAAACGCGGCGGGAAGCCGAGCGCCGGAAGCGGAACAAAGAUAGAGCUCGCCGGCGCGAGCGUUGCCGAAUAGAGGGUCUGCCUGUUGAAGAGCUGCGACCAGUCACACUACCCACCGACGACGUCUCGGCGCCACCUAUUCACCCUGAGGAGCUUCGCGAGUGGAAAAGGAGCUGCCAAUCCACUCCGACGCGAGUCGUCAUGCCAGAGAUCAGCGAAGGACAGUUGUCCGCGGCUGUCUCCGAGUUCAUCGGCAUCGUGAAGCAGAUGGUUGAGGGCGAUGCUAGCUGGAGUCUGUCAAGUCAAUCCAGUGCUUCCGCUGUCUCCCAAUCUCCCUCUCCGCUAACUUUGGAGCAUCCUUUGCCGUCUCGUCUCUCCGCUCCGGACACCACAAAGCUCACCGACACAGAGAGGGCAAAUGCCGCAUCUCUCGACGCGCAAGAGCCCUCUGGGUGUCGUGACUUGGUCCAGAAGGGAGAUGUACAGACCGGCUCUCCGCCUCCCGAAAACCGAGCCGAAAUAUCUCGCGACUCUUCUCAAGCAACGAGUCCGGAUAACUGUCCCUCGAUCUCUGUUACCAUCAACCCCCCUGUGUCCUCUGCAAUCAAGCGCCCACGAGAUCCGUCGGAUACGGUGGAUUCCGGGCUUGAGGUAUCUCCCUCAAAGCGAUCGAGACGAACAGACCACCGUGAUAAGCCUUCGAGUCUUGCAUGUGUCGUACAGGCUACGACCAGAGCUGGAUCCGUAUUACGGGAUCAGCAAUUCGACUGA